AGUAAAUGAACUGUGGGAAAUAGCUGUUCUGCCCAUUUUGCAAGGACGUUCCUUUCUUAUUCAUAAAACUACUAUUAAAAAAUUGCCAAUGCCAGACCUGAGUUUCCUCCUACAUUACUUCAGCUUUUACAGGGUUAUGUCGAAUUAAAGACAGACAUUUAAUCUCAAUAUGGGUUCUGGAGAUUGGUUUAAGACAAUAAUUAACUCAAAGAAGGUCAAGGGGUCUCCAGCAUCUUCAAAAUCCAAUGGCUUCAAAUGGAAAAAGCAUUCAGGCAUACAGCAGUCUAGUAGUUUUGCUAAUGCUAGGGCUCUUGGCAUGCCAGUUGAGGAUAUAGCUGCAACACGGAUUCAAACUGCAUUCCGGGCAUACAUGGCUAGAAAAAGUUUACGUCGCUUGAAAGGGAUAGUAAGAUUUCAAGCUGUGACCCAACAUCAUUCUGUUAAAAAGCAAGCUUCAAACACAUUGAGCAAUAUUCAUGCAUGGAGCAAAAUACAGGGUGAGAUUCGUGCUCGCCGACUGAAUAUGGUAAUGGAAGGCCGGCUCAAACAGAAGAAGUUAGAGCAUCAACUAAAACUUGAGGCAAAGCUUCAUGACCUAGAGGUUGAAUGGAGUGGUGGCUCUGAAACAAAGGACGAAAUUCUAUCAAGGAUACAUCAGCGGGAAGAAGCAUCAAUUAAGCGAGAGCGAGCAAUGGCUUAUGCCUUUUCUCAUCAGUGGAGGGCCAACUCUAAUCCUCUUGGGUUCAGUAAAUAUGAACUUGACAAAUCUGAUUGGGGUUGGAGUUGGAAGGAACGCUGGAUUGCUGCUCGACCAUGGGAAAGCCAUGUUGCUUCAAAGUUAAUUAGCCCAAAGAAGGUCCAGCACGCACAGGCAAACAAGGUUGGUGAAAACAUAAAAUCACCUUUUAAGUCCAAAAGCCCAAAGAAGGUGCAGCAGGGGCGAGCUGACAAGGUUGAUAAAAACAUAAAUUCACCUUCUGAGUCCAAAAGGCCCAAGAAGGUGCAGCACAGGCAAGCAAGCAAGGUUGGUAAGAACAUAAAUUCACCAACACAGAAAUCAUCAGGUUCAGUAAAACCUCCAAUGUCUUAUGGGAGGGGAACUACAGUGGGGCGAAGAUUGUCUUUCCCAGCUGCUGAAAAACCAUCCCUUGGACAGAAUACCAAAGCUGAAGAAACAAUCACUAAGGAAAAAACUGCAAAGGGUCGAAGAUUGUCUUUCCCGGCUUCCAAAAAACCAUCACCAGGAGGGAACACUGAAGCUAGAAAAACAAACACCAAGGAAAUAACUAUGAAGGACCAAAGGUUGUCUUUCCCAGCUGCUGAAAAGCAGUCUUCCCCUGAAGGCAAAACCAUAUCUGAAGAAGCAGUCGCCAAGGAGCAAUCGGUUUCCUAAUACCCUUCCAAUUUUGUUUAGUGAAUGGUGAUAGGCAUAUAGUUGGUUUUCAUUUUCCAUUUAAUUGAAAUCUUUAGAAAGAAAGUCCAUUUUUUCUUUUUCAAUUCAUAUGUUAUUUUUGACUGAGCAUAUGAAGUGUUGUGAAAGUGAUGUUUUGUCAUGCAAGAGCCAUGAACUGGGUAUUUGGAUUGAUUUGAUCACUUUAUCUUUCUGGUUUGUAUAUUAUCAGAGAAAUUUUGCAUUAUUAAUUUAUAAUGUAAAUAGAGAGGAUAUUAUUGAUGA